AACCAGGACCGAAAUUCCACUGUGGAGUGUCAUUCGGAGAAGGGAAACAUGCCUCAGUUAUCGCCACAUGCCCUAAUAAGGGUGAACUAAAUAAAAGUCUCCUGGACAAGUGUUUGAGUACAGAGAAUAAAAUUGGCUUGCUUACGACACCAGUUGUCGACAGGCAAACAGGGUACCACUACAGAAAUAUAUACUGUGGAUUAUGUAAUGGAAUCAACUCAGAACAAAUGGUAGCAUGGAAAAUAAACAUUGCAUUUCGAAAAGGUAUUCCGGGACCCACAGAUAUCAAAGAUAUGAUGUCAAUUCUAGAUAUCAAGAAAACACACCGGACUAUUAAGAUUACAUAUGAUCCAUAUGUAGUUCCUGACUUUCCGCCAAGGGUAUGUGUGUUAAAAUACGACUACUGCACAGGUGAAUGCCUUAAUGCAACAAUCGUCGAGAAGUGUGCGGAAUCUGGAGGGAUGGUCGUUCAUAACAUAUGGGGAGCUACUUUCAACAAUAUAUACUGCGCAAUUUGCUCCUCUCAUGGACUUCUUCCAGCAGGAGGAAGGAUACUAUGUGGACACCCACCUUCGUUCGGAAAUCCUCUUGCAACUCAAGCAUUUUACUCAGUCGAGCUGCAGAUUGAAUUCAGAGAAGAUCCCGAUUUUUAUGUUUCAAUUGUUACACCAGGGAUUGGUUACCUAAGCAACGAACCAAUAAGACAUAUCUGCAAUGUGAUAGAUCACCAUUGUUGUCUCAUUGAUUGUGGAGCCUUGGCAAUUGUCUCAACAGAUGGCGCUAGAUGUAAGCUAAGGAAAGACAAGUGGAUGGCAAAUGUGAAGCUAACAAUUUCAAUGUACAGUUAUACGAGUAUAAUAACUGCCCUAUUGCAGGAGUAUCUGGACCAUAAUGGUUUACAAGGAUCAGGCCAUGUUCAGGUCACUCACAUGGAAAUGUAUCGUCUAGGUUUUUUGUACAAACUCAGUCUAGCGAUACUGUUUGAUCAAGACUACACAAGAAACAAAAUGAAUAGUAUCAUAAAUGAAACAUUUUCAAAUCUUGAUAAAUUCUACAAGAACAACACCAAAAUUAAUAUCUAUGAUUGCGACAUGACGUCGGUUGAGUUCGAGUAUAUUAUUGGUGAGGAUGUCACGACGACACAUAAUACAACACAAGAGAAUUGUGAUAUCAUGGCAACACAGAAAACAACAC